CUCGCCUGCGUGCAGUAGAAGCAAAGGGAGGUGUGCUUUUUCCCACCCCCCAUGCGACCGGAACGCCUCUCCGGCGCCGAGUGAGCGCCUACGGAAGGCUGCGAGGCUCAAAUGAGCUCGACUCGCGUCUUCCUCCAACACUGACGUUCGUGUUUCACCAAGGCGAGAGAACGAGCCGACGCUCCCGUGACGCCAAAACAGCGACUGGCUGCGGCCAGCCCAGCCCAGCCCAGCCCAGCCCAGCCCAGCCCAGCCGAGCCGUCGACGCCGGGCAAACUUGUGCCAGACAGACAGACAGACAGGCGGGUCGGUUCGGUUCGGGGCUGCUGCGUGGGCACAAGAAGAAGAAGAAGAACUAGGAAGCGUCUGUGUACAAUUGACUUGGACUGGAAAUUGGUUUUGCUUUGGUUUUGUUCGCUAGUUCUUAAUUUUCAUGUUCUUUGACGGGAGGGAUGGCAGGUCGGAGCCGGAGAGCUUGGUUCAGCGUCCUGUUGGGUCUGGUGCUCGGCUUCACGCUGGCCUCCAGACUCAUCCUGCCCAAGGCCGCCGUGCUCACCAAAGCCAACUCGGGCGGCUGUGGCCUCAACGAGCGCCGAGGAGACGGCGCCCUACGGCCGCCUCAGGACAGCGGCUCGCCGGUCACGGAGACGGAGACCGCGGCGCGCUCCGGUAACUUCCUGUUCGUCGGGGUCAUGACCGCGCAGAAGUACCUCAACAGCCGCGCCGUGGCCGCGCACAGAACGUGGGCCCAGAGCAUCCCGGGCCGGGUGGAGUUCUUCUCCAGCGAGGGCUCGGACACGUCGGCGCCCGUCCCGGUGGUGCCGCUGACCGGCGUGGACGACUCGUACCCGCCUCAGAAGAAAUCCUUCAUGAUGCUCAAGUACAUGCACGACCACUACCUGGACAAGUACGAGUGGUUCAUGCGGGCCGACGACGACGUCUACGUCAAAGGCGAGCGUCUGGAAAGCUUCCUGCGGGGCCUCAACAGCAGCGCGCCCGUCUUCCUGGGCCAGACGGGCAUGGGCGCCCGGGACGAGCUGGGCAAGUUGGCUCUGGAGCCCGGCGAGAACUUCUGCAUGGGCGGGCCCGGCGUCAUCAUGAGCCGAGAGGUUUUGCGCCGCGUGGUGCCGCACGUGCGCCAGUGUCUGCGGGAAAUGUACACCACCCACGAGGACGUGGAGGUGGGACGCUGCGUCCGACGCUUCGCCGGCGUCCAGUGCGUGUGGUCCUACGAGAUGCAGCAGCUGUUCUACGAGAACUACGAGCCCGACAAGAAAGGUUUCAUCCGCGAGCUGCGCAACAGCAAGAUCCACCGAGCCAUCACGCUGCACCCCAACAAGAACCCGGCCUACCAGUACCGGCUGCACGGCUACCUGCUGAGCCGGCGGAUGGCGGCGCUGCGCCACCGCACCGUGCGCCUCCACCGCGAGACGCUCCAGAUGGCCGUCCUGGGCGCCCCCGAGCCGGGCCGCGAGGAGCGGCGGCUGGGGGCGCCGCCCUCCUUCAUGAGGUUCCGCCCCGGGCGCCGCCGCGACGUGCUGGAGUGGGACUUCCUCAGCGCCAAGCACCUCUUCUCCGCUUGGGACGGCCAGGCGCCCCGCCGCGCCACCGACGCCGCGCAGCGCCGGGCCCUGGACGACAUCGUCAUGCAGGUGAUGGAGAUGAUCAACGCCAACGCCAAGACCCGCGGGCGCGUGAUCGACUUCAAGGAGAUCCAGUACGGCUACCGGCGGGUCAACCCGCUGUACGGCGCCGAGUACGUGCUGGACCUGCUCCUGCUCUACAAGAAGCACAAAGGCAAGACGCUGACGGUGCCCGUGCGCAGACACGCUUACCUGCAGCAGACCUUCAGCCGCAUCCAGUUCCGUGAGGAGCGGCCCACGGACGCCGCCGCCCUCGCGGCGCGCCUCAACCGCGACUCGGACUCGCUCUCCUUCCUUUCGCCGCUGAAGAUGCUGGUCCCGUUCAAGCUGGGGGCGCCGGCGACCGCCCGCGAGGGUCCCGCCGAGGCCCGGGACCAGAAGGUCAACGUCCUGGUGCCGCUGUCGGGCCGCUACGACGCCUUCGCGCGCUUCAUGGCCAACUUCGAGCGCGUGUGCCUGAUCCCCAAGCAGAACGCCAAGCUCCUGGUUCUGCUGUUCAGCGCCGACAACACCACGGAGCGGGUCAAGCAGGUGGAGCUGAUGCGCGAGUACCACAUCAAGUACCCGCGGGCCGAGCUGGAGAUCAAGGCCGUCGCCGGCGCCUUCUCGCGGGCGCUGGCCCUGGAGGCGGGCUCGGCGCGCUUCUCCAACGAUUCGCUGCUGUUCUACUGCGACGUGGACCUGGUCUUCACCGCCGACUUCCUGCAGCGCUGCCGGGCCAACGCGGCGCCGGGCCGCUCCGCUUACUUCCCGGUGGUCUUCAGCCAGUACGACCCGGAGGUGGUGUACGGCGGGAAGGCGGCCCCCGCCGGCGGCGCCAACCACUACGCCUUGACCGCCAAGACGGGCCUGUGGAGGAACUUCGGCUUCGGCGUGGCGUGCGCCCGCAAGGGCGACCUGGUCCGGGCCGGGGGCUUCGACACCUCCAUUCGGGGUUGGGGGCUGGAGGACGUGGACCUGUUCGACAAGCUGGUGCGCUCGGGCGCCGCGCUGUUCCGCAGCGCCGACCCGGGGAUCGUGCACGUGCACCACGCCGUCACCUGCGACCCCAACCUGGAGCUCAAGCAGUACAAAAUGUGCUUGGGCUCCAGGGCGUCGUCGCGGGGCUCCGCCCAGCAGCUGGCCCAGCUCUGGUUGGACAAGAACCGGGCCGGCGGCGCGCCCGCCAACGCCUCGCUCAGGACGGCCUGACGCCGGGUCUGGACCGAAUUGACUUUUUAAAAUGAGUUUUUUCUAAACGGGCUCCAGCUGGCACCGUUGGCUCAGUUCUCGUGUACCUCAGCGUCGUGCGCCAUGUUUACAAACUGCGCGCGCGCGCGCGCACACACACACACACACACACACACACACUGUUUGGAUUUGAGUUUACGGCGGUACCUCGACACGAGUGGGCCCGUUUUUUUUUUUGCCAGCCCAAAUUUGACUUUCGAGCGAGCUUCACAAACGCUGGCGUUGAAGUUGAACCCCAAAAAUUGGAGGCGGUGCGAUGCCCUCGGGCGAGCGGGCGAGGAGAGCCACCGUCGGCGUUUAUCGAACAAAUCCGAAGACUCUCGAGAGGCCGCCGUAGGCCUCGACUCACUCGGUAGGCCGCGCCCCUUAAAGGCACACCUCCGAUACGAACGUAGCGGUACGUACAGUUAUUACGCUUUUUAAAAGAAGUCGAUCUCUUCACAGUCCGUUAGGGCCGCAACCGGCGAUUAUUUAAUCAUCAAAGUAUUUAGGCGGAUAGCAAAUGCGUUUUAAAUUUCCUUCCCUUCAUCCAAAAGCAGGACAGGAUUUGAAAACGGACAAAGCAAAAUGAAAAGUGAAGGCAGAUGUUUGCAAAACGGAGGACUUGAGAAAUCGGAGAAGAGUUCCUGCUGAGAUGCUGAAUUCGGAGCCUUGAAGUUAAGCAAGGUUGAAUCGUUGACGCAAAACGUUUUUGGGCUUUUGACUUCGGGGUUUUCCACGUGAACGACGACGACACCUGCUGGAUUUGCCGACGUCUAAUUUAUUGAUUUUCUUUCGUCGAGUUGUGGACGAUUGUAACUACUUCCUGUCACCAAAGACCCGCCUCGUUCGCGCGAAAUGUUUUACGAAAAAACGCAAAGUCUCGUUUUGUUGCCGCGCCGGCGUCGAAUUCCUGCCAGGACCAUUCGCAGUUGAGCGGGAGCGUUUUGGGCUCUUUGUGGUUGUUCCACGUGUGACAACUCAAAGACUGAAUGAUGUCGUUCUUGUUUUGUAUCAUCUUUUAUUUUAUUUUUCAAAACUUUGUCAAAAGUGGAAAGUUUGUCUAUUUAAAAAAAAAAAUAAAGUGUGGGAUUUUUUUUUUAAAUA